UCUAGUUUAAAUUUUUGGUAGUUUAAAUUUUUGGUACAGUCUGUGAGUUUGUUUGGUCCAACAUACAGACAUAUAGAAAGGAGUGUGUAUUGUGAGAUGGGGCAGAAGGUUGGGUUAGAGGAUGUUGUGAGAUACUUUGAUGAAGAUGGUGAUGGAAAGGUUUCGCCUUUGGAGCUGAAGCAGGGGUUAGGGAUGAUGGGUGGUGAGCUUCUGUUGAGAGAGGCUGAGAUGGCAAUUGCAUCUUUGGAUUCUGAUGGAGAUGGGUUGCUGAGUUUGGAGGAUUUCGUUGCUCUGAUGGAAGGUGGAGGAGAGGAGCAGAAGUUGAAGGACUUGAAGGUGGCUUUUGGGAUGUAUGACAUUGAAGGCUGUGGCUUUAUAACUCCAAAGAGCUUGAAGAGGAUGCUUAAGAAGAUGGGUGAGUCCAAGACCCUUGAUGAAUGCAAAGCAAUGAUCAAACACUUUGAUUUGAAUGGCGAUGGCUUCCUCAGCUUUGAAGAAUUCAGAAUCAUGAUGCAGUGACCCAUAAAGCUCAGAUUUCAUUCAUUUUUUUGUACAUCAUCUGAAUGAUUGCCUUAUUUCAAUCUUCUUGCUUCGCGGAAAGAGUUUAUCUUUAUGUGCCCUUUAUGGCAUAUUAGAAUAUUAUUAUUUAGCAAAAAUAGACUAUAAAAUAUAAUAGUGAGAAUUUUAUUAGAUGGUGUGUAGUAAGUGUCUCGUGUCUUG